UGGUGGUUUACUUCGGCGGGCGUCGGGAGGGCGAGAGCUGGAACUGGGCGUGGCUUAUCAGCACCCGCCUGGCGCGUCACAUCGGGUACCUGGAGCUGCUGCUGAGGCUGAUGUUUGUGAAUCCUCCCGAGCUGCCGGAGCAGAGCACCCGGGCGCUGCCCGUCAGGUUCCUGUUCACCGACUACAACCGUCUGUCGAGCGUCGGAGGAGAGACGUCGAUGGCCGAGAUGAUCGCCACGCUCUCUGACGCCUGUGAGAGAGAGUUCGGCUUCCUCGCCACCCGACUGUUCAGAGUGUUCAAGACGGAGGAGACGCAGGGUAAGAGGAAGUGGAAGAAGACGUGCUGCGUCCCGUCCUUCAUCCUCUUCGUCCUCGUGCUCGCCUGCCUGCUCACGGGAAUGGCGCUGCUCGCCGUCUUUAAGGUGGACGGGGAUAACCACACGGUGAAUGGCGUGCUGAUCUCCAUCGGCAGCGUGGUGGGCCUGGCGCUGCUGCUGAACGUCAGGACGUGGUGGCAGGUCACCGACUCGGUGCUCAACUCUCAGAGGAAGAGGCUCCACGGCGCCGCCAACAGGAUGCACAAGCUGAAGAGCGAGGGCUUCAUGAAGGUGCUGAAGAACGAGGUGGAGCUGAUGGCGAGGAUGGCCAAGACCAUCGACAGCUUCACGCAGCAUCAGACGAGGCUGGCCGUGGUCAUCGACGGGCUGGACUCGUGCGAACAGGACAAAGUGCUGCAGAUGCUGGACACGGUGCGCGUGCUGUUCUCCAAAGGCCCGUUCAUCUCCAUCUUCGCCAGCGACCCUCACAUCAUCAUCAAAGCCAUCAACCAGAACCUAAACAGCGUCCUGCGGGACUCCAACAUCAACGGGCACGACUACAUGAGGAACAUCGUGCACCUGCCCGUCUUCCUCAACAGCAGAGGACUCUCCAGCGCCAGGAAGAUGUGUGCGCCGGCGCCCGCUAACGGGGACACGGCCACCGCCACCGCAGAUGGUUGGCAUGAGGAGUUGGACAGGAAGUUGUCUCAGCACAGUCUGGGAGAAUUGACGAAGUUCGGCAGCAAGACGACGCUCAACCGCAGGGACACGUACCGGCGGCGGCAGGUGCAGCGCUCCGUGACCCGUCAGAUGUCGUUUGACCUGACGAAGCUGAUGGUGACGGAGGAUUGGUUCAAUGACAUCAGCCCGCAGACCAUGAGGAGGCUGCUCAACAUCGUCUCUGUCACAGGUCGUCUGCUGCGAGCCAAUCAGAUCAGCUUUAACUGGGACCGCCUGGCGUCCUGGAUCAACCUGACGGAGCAGUGGCCCUACAGGACGUCCUGGCUCAUCCUGUACCUGGAGGAGACCGACGGAGUCCCGGACCAGGCCACGCUGAAGACCAUCUACGAGAGAGUGUCCAAGAACAUCCCAACCACCAAAGACGUGGAGCCGCUGCUCGAGAUCGACGGGGACGUCCGCAGCUUCGAGGUCUUCCUGUCGUCCAGAACGCCCGUCCUGACCGCCAGAGACAUCCGCACGUUCCUGCCCUGCACCGUCAACCUGGACCCCAAACUCAGGGAGAUCAUAGCGGACGUCCGAGCUGCUCGGGAGCAGAUGAAUAUAGGCGGGGUUACGUACCCGCCCCUCGCAAUGCAGGAGGCUCAGCCCCGCCCCACCUCCAUGUACUCUCAGGUGUCGUCGGCGUGCUCUCCAUCCGCCUCCUUCAGCGGACCGUUCAACCAACCAGGAGGGGGUGUGGUCUCCCCACAGCCUCACAGCAGCUACUACAGCGGCAUGGCCGGACCGCAGCACCCCUUCUACAACAGGCCAUAUUUCCCCCAUCACCUUUACCAGCUGCCCCGCCCACUCGUGACCACUUCCUACACAUCACACCUCCAUCCACGCCCACCUCGCAAAAACUCCUUCAGCCGGGACGCCGUGGCACCUGGCUCCGCCUCCGUGGUGUCCGGCGUUCCCGCCAUCCUCCUCAGCUCCAUGACGACAGAGUCCGUUUGUGAACGCGUGCGGCAGAUCGAAGGCAUCGACCAGAGCAUGAUGGGACAUUACAGCGCCACCAUCAGGAAGGCGAACGUGAACGGCAGAGUGUUGUCUCAGUGUAACAUCGACGAGCUGAAGAAGGAGAUGAGCAUGAACUUUGGAGACUGGCAGCUGUUCAGAGCCACGGUUCUGGACAUGCGGAUCAUCGAGAGUCAGGUGCUGCAGGAGGAAGCUGCCAGUGAGCAAGGCAGCGUGGUGGGCCGUCACACUGAGGCAGGAAGGCGAGCCGUGGCUCCGCCCCACGCCGGCGCCGCCAACACGGACGCUUCCCCGAUGUACAGUUUCAACCUGAGCUUCGAGGAGCUGAGCAACGUGGGAUUGGACGAGCCGGCACGUCAUGGCAACAUGCCGUGGAUGGGUGGCGCUCACAGGACUGCCAGCAUGACCAGCCUGAACUCUCAGGAGUCGUCCAACGACAUCGGCAAGCUGACCGACAAGCAGCAGUCCGAGUACCGCAACGCCUACCAGGAGUACAUCGCCCAGAUGGCUCAGCUGGAGAUGGGCGGCGGCGGCGGGGAGCGGCCCGUCCAACCACAGCCGGGUCAGUUCAUGACAUCAUCAUCAGAGGACAAGAACAAAGACGGCGGCGAGCAGGAUGCGUCCAAGUCGUACAAUAAGAGGAGCAGCGGGAAACCGCCGGCAGACAACACGGACUUCGCCUCCAACGGGGACGCUCUGGAUCCAAUCACCGAGGAGGACGAGAAGGGUGAGCACGGAUCCUCCAAGUCCCUGCUGACCCGCAAGACCUCAGCGGAGAGGGGCGGGCUGUUCCAGGGCGCCGCCGCGGACCUGAAGCUGAAGGCGGCAGGCGGGCUGCGAUACCAGAAGCUGACCAGUGACGACGAGGAGUCGGAAGAGUCCGAUAACGCCCCGCUCCUCAAAGACGGGAAGAAGCUGGUCGACCACAAACUGCCCGGCGGCUCGCUCGCUCUGAAGGGGAAGGACUACCUGUCGGACGCCAUGUUGGACAAGAAGGACUCGUCUGACUCGGGCGUCCGUUCCAACGAGAGCUCACCAAACCACUCGCUGCAGGACGAGGAGGCGGACCUGUCCCAGCUGGAGCGGGCCAACCUGAUCCAGCUGGACGAGGAGAGCCAGGCCAGGAAGUGCAGCGUUCCUAGCAGCCUCAGCGGCCUGCAGGACCCGGCGGUCGCCCGCAUGUCUAUCUGCUCUGAGGACCAAUGCAGCCUGCUCGCCAGCUCGCCCGAGGAGAGCUGGCCAUCCUCCAAGUCCUUCAACCUGAACCGCACGCCCAGCAACGUCACGCUCAACAACAACACCAACGCCCAGCACGGUAUCCACGGCAACCGACCCCGCCCACCCGCAGAGGGCUCCACCUCCUCCUCCUGCAACCCGACCUCCUCCUCCUCCAGCGACGCCAUCAUCUCCCCGAGCUCGGGCACCUCCACCACCUCCUCCACCGCCACCCGCCCCGGGCCCAACAACGAGAACGUGCGAGUGGUCCACCUGAAGAGGGGUCUGAAACCCGGCGACCCGCCCGAGAUCUGCACCGUGUCCUCCGACACCGUCACCUUUGGCGAGGAGCGCGAGAGCAUCCUGUGACCUCAGCGUGACCCCGAGGGUCCACCUGGAGCCGAGUGUGACGAGUGCUACUGAUUGGCUCAAAAGUUCUUAUCUUAGAUUUAGUGUGUGACUGUGACUCGUAGUUUAAGUCUGCGGCGAGGUCGUCACGAUACACGAUAUCGAUACCUGUUUGUUACCACGGCAACAAAAAUAGAAGUCGUAUAAGCUGAUCAGAAAUCUAAAGUUCUGUCUUAAACAACAACGUACAUCGGGCAGGUCUUCAUUCCUGACCCUCUGUUAAGCCCCGCCCUCCUGGUUACUGUUGCUAGGUUAGAUUUAAGCUCUAAACCGUUAAAAACACCUCGAGGUCUAAUCGAGUUUUAUUCAUAUUUAAUCGAUCAGAGACGGCACGGCGUGCGAGGAGAACAUUUAGUGACGGCUAUCGUUACAUUUUUCAGAAAGGCGCCGUUGUUGACGUCAGCGGCGUUCUUUUUCCCGUAUCUGUGCGUUCUACAGAUCGUGUCUUGUACCCACUUCCUCCUCGCGCCGCAGUGUCGUCACACAGCUCUCUGUCUCCAUGACAACAGACUCUGUUGUCAUGGAGACAGGAUGGACAUGCAGCGCUUUUCUGAGAAGACGCCACGUGGACAUGUGGCCUUAGAGUCACUCCCCGACCACCGGAUGUAGCCCGGCAACGGUUGCUAUGAGAGGGGGCUCUCUGAUUGGAGGGUCAGCUGACAAAAUCAGAGAGCCAACAAAGGGUUAAUAAAACAAACACGCGGUGUCUAAAGUAUCGUAGAUCAUGAUGACCUUUGACCUCUGACAGUGAAUCAGUGUUCAGCCUGCUGCAUGCUAACAGGCCGAGAAGUAGAAGAAGCUAACGUAGAAAACAAGAAGCUAACGUAGAAUCCAGAAGCUAACGUAGAAAACAAGAAGCUAACGUAGAAAACAAGAAGCUAACGUAGAAACAAGAAGCUAAAGUAGAAACCAGAAGCUAACGUGACGAUGCUGCAUGUUGUUGUUGUUGUUGUUGUUUGUCGUCUCCGAUACGUUUGAUUUUUUGUCUGAGCAUUCGGAGAGAGACGAGACGAGAGGGGGCGCCGCCCCCUGGUGGUCACUCUCUAAACUCUAAACGACCACUAGAUGGCAUUGUGAGACUGAUCCGUUGCGGUGAUAUUUAGAACGUGUGGCAUGUGCGGCGUGAUGCAGCUAAAAGUCGGUGACGUGUUGGGACGUCUGUGAGGAGAACACGACACGUCACGUUUUCAACCAAUGAUUUAUCUUUAAAUCUGUUCACACGCCUCACAGCGUGAGACGACCUUCCAUCACGACGUGACGAGGCGGCCAGGUCCACGAAGAAGAACAUGAGGGAGGAGCAAGACGCAGAACGCUCCGGAGGCGGGGUGAAGUUUAGUGUAAGCGGCGUUCAGCGUUUCAGAAGCUUUCUUUAAAGAGGUCAUAUUAUAUUUAAUCUAUGUACCUACUAAAGUCUGUUCACACAACCCAUAUAAACCAGUAUAAACCAGUUUAAACCAGUAUAAACCAGUAUAAACCAGUAUAAACGGUUUAAAGAGGGGGUUAGUGUUUGUCAUGUUUUCAUGCUCCGGCUCGCUUCUGACUCUCUCUAAGGCUCUGAAGCGGCUAAUGCUAAAGCUAACAGGAGGACGUAGGAGAAGCUGCGUUUAC